GGCUUUCAAUUUUAAUUCAAACGCGUAUUUUUUGCUAAGUUGUUAACUCCUUGUUCGUAGGAUCAGUUCUGUAUACCCUACAUACUCAUAUCAAUAUAAAUAUAUGAUCACACAAUCGACAGUGCUUCAUCGAUGAAGAAAACUCAAGUGUGCCACAGCCACCCACCAACCGACAGAGGUGGUCCUCCAAGUCAAGAAGAUGAAGAGGAAGAGCAUCAUCAGAAACCCUACAUUCUGCAUUUGCCAGACCAUAUAACAAUGGAGAUCUUCUGCAAAAUUCCAACAAAAACGCUCUUCCACUGCAAGCGCGUGUGCAAGUCUUGGCGCAGUUGCCUCUCAGACCCUGAAUUCACCAAACACCUAUUUUCACGAACACGCCCUUGCCUUGUGGUGUCUGGCUACACCAUCCCCGAACCCGCAGGUCACUUCCUGGUCUACCUCGACACAGACUUGAGCGCAAACGACGCCGUGUUCAGGCUUUCCACAAGAGUAGGCCGAGAUUGCAGUACAUUCAUUAGGGGUUCGUGCAACGGUUUCAUCUUCUACGACAUAGAACGUUUUGAUGGCAGCCAUCAACUUUACUUAUCCAAUCCCAUCACUGGUGAGUCCUUAACUGUUCCACAACCUACCAAACCUUGUUUUAAGCCAAUUUUGGGGUUUGGGUUUGCUCCCAUUGCUGAAGUCUACAAAGUAGUUUGGAUUGAUGAAAACCAGGAUGUAAAUAUUUUUACUGUGGGAUCUGGGAUUUGGAGAGAAAUUGGCUCUCUGCCCUGUACUCCUCUAAGGCAUACUGACUUUUAUUUGAAUGGUUUUCUUUACUGGAUUGCUCGGCCUCGAAAUACCAUUUUCGUGUCUGCCUUUGAUGUCGAAAGAGAGCGCUUCCAAGAUUUAGUACUACCGCGUUCUUGGUGGGUGGAUGAGGAGGUAUUUAAGUAUAGUCUUGGAGACUUGCAAGGCUGUCUCGCUUUCUUUGUUAUCAGGAUAUGUGAUGUGAGUGUGUGGGUGAUGAGGGAGUCUUGGACAAAAGAGCUCGAAAUUAGAGACCCAAAUAGUUUUAUUGGUGCUCCAAUAUUGAGAUUUACAGAAGAGAGGAAAGUCUUGAUGUUACGUUCGGAUAAAUUGGUCUCUUAUAAUCUUGCAACAUCGGGCAAUGUAGAGGUCGAGCUUGAUGGGUUUCCAAGCUUUGUUAAGAAUGCGUGGAACCUAACUCCAAGCUUUCUUUCACUUCAAGAUAUAUAA